UUCUGACGUCCUGACAUUUGUAAAGCUAGUAGGAAGUCACGUUUGCUGACGUCACUUCCUUAUGACAGAGUCAUUCUGAAAUUCUGUACGGACGAGCAGACAUGAAGAUGAAUUUGUUAUUAGCUGUCACUCUGAUGUCCAUCCCCAUGGCACUUGUGCAGGGGGCUGAAAAGAAAAAGCUGCAGAUCGGAAUCAAGAAAAGAGUAGACAACUGUCCUAUCAAGUCCCGCAAGGGAGACGUGUUGAACAUGCACUACACUGGAAAACUGGAGGAUGGAACAGAAUUUGACAGCAGUAUACCGAGGAAUCAGCCCUUCACCUUCACGCUUGGCACGGGACAGGUCAUCAAGGGCUGGGAUCAGGGUUUGUUGGGGAUGUGUGAGGGUGAGAAGAGGAAGCUGGUUAUUCCCUCUGAGCUUGGUUAUGGGGAUAGAGGAGCACCGCCUAAAAUUCCAGGUGGAGCCACACUCAUCUUCGAAGUCGAACUGUUGAGCAUUGAGAGAAGAUCUGACUUAUAGUGACAGAUAUGUCAGUGUUUUUGCAAACCUGCAUAGCAAUUUCAGGUGUUAAAGUUAAAUACCUUUCUCAGUUAUUAAAGCGGUUACAAAAACAGAAGAAGCUUUUUGAUGUUUACCUUUCUAGAAAAAGAAUGAAGUCGACAUGUAGCACCAUUCUUUAUUUGAGAGCCUUACUACAUGUAUUUGGUUGUGAGAGUGCACACAGUACAGUUUUUGCCAUUCCAACAAGUUCUAAACAGUUUCUUAAAUCAUGUUCACUUGAAACUGAAUAAAAGUUUUAUUUACAAAAGA